UUUUUUCUCCAAUUAAGCUUAAAUGUCCCUACAAAUUCCAAAUCCACCAAUCAAAAUUCGACAGCUUUUACUCAAUUUAUGUCUCUUUUCAUUAUGUGCCUUCUUCUUGUCCCAUAGAUCUCGAUCCCACCGGCAGCACCAAUCACUGUUUUUCGCCUUCUCAACCUAAAUUUUGUUGUUUAAUUUCUUUCUGAAGAAACCCAUUUUGUUUUUCGUAUGGUUCGAUCAAGUUCUUUGGUUGAUUUUGGUGGGCUAGCUCGAAGUUUUGGCCCUGUUCUUCCUCUGUUUCAAUUUCUUACGAUCUGUUUAGUUUUGCAUUUCUUCAACUGGGUUUUUAUGGGUUUUUGAUUUCUUCCACUGCUAUGUGUUUUAUUUUUUGAAUUAUUCUAAAUUGGGUUGAUGAAACGAGGAAUUGGAAUUCUGUCUCCGGCGACCGACCGUCGAAGCUCCAGCUGCUCCAACUGGACGGUGGAGGAGAACAAGCGGUUCGAAAAUGCUUUGGCUUUGUUUGACAGUGAUUCGUCGGACCGGUGGUUGAAAGUCGCCGCCAUGAUUCCCGGAAAAACCGUCGGCGACGUGAUGAAUCAGUACAGAGAGUUAGUGGCGGAUGUGAGUGAUAUUGAAGCAGGGUUGGUUCCGAUUCCGGGGUACGCUACUGGCAACUCUUUUGUGUUGGAAUGGUCGAAUGACGGCUGCGGGUUUGGGUCGGUUUACGGCGGCGCCGGGAAGAGAGGGGUCUCCGGUCGGCCUUCCGAUCAUGAAAGGAAAAAGGGAGUACCUUGGACUGAAGAAGAACACAGGCAAUUCUUGAUGGGUCUGAAGAAGUACGGUAAAGGAGAUUGGCGGAACAUUUCUCGUAACUUCGUCACGACAAGAACUCCAACGCAAGUAGCUAGCCACGCCCAAAAGUAUUUCAUCAGACAACUCACUGGAGGGAAAGACAGGAGAAGAUCAAGCAUCCAUGAUAUCACUAUCGUCAAUCUACCCGACAAUCUAACUCAUCCCAAUACUAAGUCACCUUAUUCCCCAAUUCCAUACAAUGGCGUGACACCAAAUUGUGGGAUCUCCUCACUCGGACCUAAGCUAUUACAAGACCGAAUCUUUGUUGGAGGCAACAUCCAUGGGUGCCAAAAUAUUGGUCCUUACAGCCCCAAUGUUUUUCAAGUGCAAAGGGAGCAACAAUACAAGUGAGGAUAUAGUUAGAAUUUGGGUAUUGAAUUAAUUAGUUUGUAUGCUUAUAUUAUUGGCAAAUAAAUGUGGUAAAGAUGGACAUGUCAAUGUGUAGUCUUAAUUAAUGUAAUAAACUUAAAAUGAAUAUCCAAGACAAUUAUGUUUGGGCU